GUUUUAGAAUGCAUUUCUUAUCAUCAUCACUUCUUUCAUUAUUAUUAACAGAUAUGAUAACAGGAUCACACUUUGUACUGGGACAGUGUCCAACAGGUGGUAGAGCAUUGUUAAACGGUUAUCGAUGCAUAUCGAACAUACAAUGUCAGAAUAUCUCUCCAGGAUACAAUUGUUAUCAAGGAGUUUGUUGCCCAGAUAGUUCAGCAAACUCAGUAUCAUAUGGUGGAUAUUGUACAAUGACAAUACAAUGCAAUACAUUUGGUGCAACAUGCAUUUCACAUAUAUGUCAAUGUCCCGACGGUUCUCAUUACAAUGGUCGUUCAUGUAUCACAAUGCCUAAUGUUUGUCCAUCAAAUCAAAUUUUGAUAAAUGGACAAUGUUAUCGAAAUGUAACUUAUGGUUUUCUCUGUAACUAUACCCAACAAUGCGGUUAUAUUGGCGCUUUUUGCACUGAUGGAAUUUGUCGUUGUCAAUUGGGUUAUACUUUUGAUGGAAGCAAAUGUAUUCUGCGUUCUAAAACUUGCCCUGGAAAUCAGAUAGCCAUUGGUGGACAGUGUUAUCCAUUUGCCCAAUAUGGUGAAACAUGUAUGUUUAGUGAACAAUGUAUCGAUAGAUGGUAUCAAUCACUUUUAUGUAUUAAUGGUCGUUGUAUGAUCCAAAUGGAUGACGAUACUUUAAAACCAAAAUGCAAUGACCCACGUGCUGAAGUAGAAUAUGUAAAUGGUACUGUAAAGAAUUGUUUAUAUUGGCCUUGUACGGUUGGUUACUUUUGCGAGUAUAAUGAAUCCCAAAAUGGUGGACAGUAUAUUUGUUGUGGUACCAAUGCUAAUAAUAUUUAUGGUAAAAUACAAUUUUAUCCGGGCACUAAUAAGCCAAUAAAUUGUUCUGCAACUAACAGUUGUGUAUUUGUGGAUACACCUAAUUGUGUCAUGUCGUAUCGAUAUGGUUACAAAGUUUGUUGCUCAACUAUGAAAUGUUGAUGACGCGUUAAAAUUUGAUAUCAAAAUUUGAAUAAUUUUGAUAAAAAAGAUGAAUGAUCAAAAUUAUUA